AUGUCUGGUGCUGGUAAUCGUGAACAAGUUUUCCCUACUCGUAUGACUCUUGGAGUUAUGAAAGGUAAAUUAAAAGGUGCACAACAAGGGCAUUCAUUAUUAAAAAGAAAAUCUGAAGCAUUAACCAAGAGAUUUAGAGAUAUAACUCAAAGAAUUGAUGAAGCUAAAAGAAAAAUGGGUAGAGUUAUGCAAACUGCUGCUUUUUCAUUGGCUGAAGUUUCAUAUGCUACUGGUGAUAAUAUAUCUUAUCAAGUUUCUGAAUCUGUAAAUGAAGCAAGAUUUCAAGUUAAAGCAAAACAAGAAAAUGUUUCAGGUGUUUAUUUACCAACUUUUGAAAGUCAUAUAAAUGAAGAAAUUAAUGAUUUUAAAUUGACUGGUUUAGGUAGAGGUGGUCAACAAGUACAAAAAGCAAAACAAGUUUAUACAAAAGCUGUUGAAACUUUAGUUGAAUUAGCAAGUUUACAAACUGCGUUCAUUAUAUUAGAUGAAGUUAUAAAAGUUACAAAUAGAAGAGUUAAUGCAAUUGAGCAUGUAAUUAUACCUAGAACGGAAAAUACUAUAAGUUAUAUUAAUUCAGAAUUGGAUGAAUUAGAUAGAGAAGAAUUUUAUAGAUUGAAAAAAGUUCAAGAAAAGAAACAAGAAGCUGCUGCAUUAGCGGAAGAAGAAGAUAAAGUGAAUUUAGCAAAAGCUGAAGGUAAAACUGAUGAUAUUGGUGUUCAACAAGAUAUUGAAUCAAUUGAUGUUAGAGCAAGUACAAAAGACGAUUUAUUACAAGAAAAUGAGGAUGAUGUUAUAUUCUAA